GCUCAAACAUCAUUCACAUCAAGUUCAUACAGUGUUACCGAAGGACAGCUAGCAGCUGUGAUGGUUCAAGUCACCGCUGGUACAUUAGGAUCAUCUGUGACUGUCAGGUAAGUUUGUAAGAACGUCAUACUCUAGUGUGCAUAAAAAUAAUGCAAUGCCGAAAAUAUUACUGGCUAUCAUUAGAAUAACUUCAAUCUAUACAAGAGUUACAGAUUCUGUAGAGAACACCUUGGGCAGGGUUUCCAACAGAAACCGGCACCCACAGGUUUUCGCCGUCUAUAGCGUAGACCAUCGCCAGUUAUUUCUCGAAAAUACAACCCAAUAUAUUUCUUCUUAGGACUUGUUUUGAUAACAUAAAUUUUAAAUAAUAUUCUUCGUUAAAUACUUUGAUAAUAUGACACAAUCCACAAAACUACUCUCCGAAAUUGCUGGAAAUGCCAUUUCAGAAGGUUAAUUAAAUUCAGUGGCGAAGCAAGCCAUAGCAACAGGUCAUGCUAUGCAAAUUUUGAAUGACUUACAUUAUUCAAACCUUUACAAAUGUAUCGUCUCCAAAGAUGAUAUCCACUCCGUUCUGCGCAUCAGUUCUGCUCAUAACAAAGGGAACCCCAGAUAUAAACAUUGCCCAAAUUUUGCAUCUUUCGAACUUUUUGAAUUGAAACGUAGAGUUUAUACUCAAGCAUGGCGAACCAGAAAAGGGUUAGAUAUUCAGUUAGCAUAUCAUAUUUUACAAAUAUAGCAGUUCAAAACGUAAACAAAGUUCGCACAUGCGCACACGAGCGGAGUGGACAUCAUCUUUAUCCUAUUUACUGUAGAUGCAGGUUUAAUAGUAUAGCAUGACCAGUUGCCAUGGCUGGUUUUGCCACUGUUUAAAUUUCAAAAUCUUCACACACACACACACACACACUGCAGGGGAACGGUAGCUUUGAAACGUAUAAAACCUAUGCCUAACGUACCCCUAGCGUACGUCAGCGUGCACCGGUGUAUGAGUGAUAUUCUCAUACGCUAGUACGAUACGCAAUAGUGUGACAGGGCCUUAAUGCCUUCUAUACCCUAAAUUCGGUUGAGAACCUGCUAGAGUGGUAUCCGUCGUAUGCGAAAGUUAAUAACAUGCAAUAAUUAUGCGCAUCAGCAUUAAUUAUACAUGCAUUGUGCAUCCAGUUCUUUUACCCCGGAAGACAAGAAAACAUUUUAUAGAUUUCUACCCUAAAUCUCACUAAUUUGAACGAUUUGUCCUCAGGGGCGCACAUCUAAGGAAUUUCUAGAGGGAGGUGGGCCACUUGGGGACCGACUUUUUGAAUAUCAAAAAGAAAUUAAACAGAGGGGUAAAAAACAAUUCUGCAAAAACAUCAUGCCACAGAACAGGGACGUGGGAAUGUAGUUGAUAUCAGUGGGUCGAUUCUCACGAGGCGCCCAGCGAGAAAAUUUUCAACAUUUAGAACCUCUAGGUCGCCGGAAAUGACCAUUUCAGAGUCUUAACUCUACCUUUGCGGUAGGCUCGUUCAGGUGUACGAACGAAGGAUUAAGAAAAUUCAUCCCUUAUUUAAUAGUUCGCUCAAUUUCUGCAUUUGUUCAAUCUGUUCCAGAUCAAUAGAAUCAGUCUUUUUCUGAACUGAAGAAUCAAAACAUGUGUAUAGGCCUAUGAGCUCGCUUGUGAAUACCAGGACGUGCUUAUUAGUAAUGUGUAUGAGCUGUCAUGAGAAUAUCCGUUCGCAGGCCACAGGUGCGAAAUCGGAUAGUAGCAGAGAGAGAGACGAGUUUAUUUCUUCGAAUAUAAUUGUUACUUUCGUCCGUCCAUAUAAAAUACUGAAAAUAAUGAAAAAUAGAAGUGUAUAAUAACAACUAGCAAAACAAUGAAAUCAAGAUAAUAAAUAAUCUGAAUUAACCAUCUAAACCUUAACGGGUGCGCUACGAUUUGACGUUUAAACUCAAGAAAUAGUUUCUUACACAUUAACACAUACACAUGGGCUUGUUCAUAACAUCUUACCAACCAGCUCUUGUGUUGUCGGUCCCAAUUCACGGAGUCGGACAGAAGUAAAUAUUAAUUCUUAUACCCGAAUUUUGGGACCGAGUUUUCGCACAGUAUCAAGGAAGAAUGGGACCGACUUUUAGUGAUAUGCGGACGCUAAGGGGGGUUUCGCACCCCCCCCCCCAAACCCCCCUAAUGUGCGCCCCUGUAAUUGUCCAUAGCUAUCUAUAACACUCCACUGGUAUCCAUAACACUCCAACUAUUUUAUACCUUGUUAAUAGAUGUGUCCUAUUGUAAACUGAAUUUGAAUUCAAUUUUAGUGUUAAUGCCCAAGUUGGAACUGCUGAAAACACUGACUUCACCUCCACAAUAACAGCAGUACCAUUUGCAGCUGGAGAGACUGGUCCCAAGACUGUCAAUUUUAUAACUGUUGAUGAUGACAUCGUUGAAGCGAGUGAACUCUUUACAGUUUCCUUGUCAAGCACUUCUGGGAUAUUACUUGGGUCUCAAGCGUCUGUAGUUAUUAACGAUAAUGAUGAUAAUAUCACAGAAAUAUUAAAACCUUAGAAGUUCUUACGUCACGUCACUGUCAAACAAUGAAUAUUUGAUCCACAUGUAUCCCAUAUUGCAUUUGGUAUACUUAAUGUUUAGAUGAUUGAAAAUUGCGUAACGUAAGCACUUCUAUGGUCAAUUCAGAAUAAGAUCGCUGAGCUAUAUGGUGCAACAGAUGCUGUCAACCGAUGGUCAAAGUGAGAAAAUAAUGUUGAUACCUUUCAGGGG